AUGAAGAAAAUAACUGAAGAGAAGUCGACGAGCGUACAGGAAAACCCGUCCCAGCAUGGGAUAGACCGCACCCAAAACAAUAUUUUAACGGAUGGAAGAUGUGGAGCACUAGAGCAAAAAAGGUACUUACCGUUUUUCUUCUCGGCCAAAAGAUCGUCGGCUAAGAACCAAGCUAGCGUUUUCGAACGUGAUGUUGGUGGAUGUAUCGGCGGCAUUACCGGCUUUAUUGGGCCUCCGUAA